GAAGAAGAAGCAGCAGAUCUCCACCAAAGUGCAGAAGAAGAAUUUAACGGUUCCCGGUUGUUGACCCGCCCCGGUCUCAUGGUCUCCCCGGUGCAGCUGGACUACACAUUGUUUUGGAUUUGUUUACACCACCAAGUCAGCGACAACAUUAGCUGUAACGUUUACUCUACCAAGCUGUUUCACCGCCAAGUUCUUCCACCAAGACGCUAUGUAUUGACCCUGUUCAGGACUGUUACUGCAACCAAAGACUCAGAGCGAUGGAGGAGGGCUCUGAGGUGUUGGAAGAUAUUGUUUUUCGAGGAGUGGAGUUUUCUGUGAAGAUCGAAGUGGACCAUGGUGUGCUGAUAGUGGAAAUCUCUGACGCAAUGACAGCUGAUCAGUGGAGGGGGGAAUUUGAUCCAGCAUACAUUGAGGACCUCACCCGCAAAACUGGCAACUUCAAGCAGUUCCCCAUCUUCUGCAGCAUGUUGGAAUCAGCUGUCAGGAAGGCAAGUGAUUCUGUGACCCUUGACCUCUUAACGUACGCAGACCUGGAGCUGCUGCGGAACAGGAAAGCAGGAGUGGUCAGUCGUCCCCGUGGUCAUCAGCAGUCCUCUGCUCUUACAGCCAAAAGAUAUCUAAUCCUCAUUUACACCGUGGAGUUCGAUAGGAUACACUACCCUUUACCUCUGCCAUAUGUGGGCAAGCCUGACCCGGCGGCUCUGCAAAAAGAAGUGAGAGCUCUGAGGGCUGAGCUCAGCACUGUCGGCUCUCAUGGAGUUAGUAAAUCAGCAGAGCUGGAGAUCCAGAGGCUACGGACAGAGCUGGCCCGGGUGAAAGAAGAGAAGGAUGCCAUGGCUAAGGUUCUAGAGCGACUGCAGCUUGCUGGAAGCAGUUCCACAUCUGGGCGAGAGGACUGGAGACCCAGAGACCAUGUGUCGACGCUGGAGGAGCAGCUUGUUAAGGAGAGGGCCAAAAGUCAACGUUCAGCAAGCAAGAGAAGCCAGGAGCAGCAGCUGUUGAAUGAGCAGUUGGAGGAGCUACGAGCAUCAGAGUGUGCUCUACGAGUUCGCGUGAAGAGUCUCACAAAUGAGCUGGCACUACUACGGAGAGGGAGAGUGACUCCUGUGUCCGGCCAUCUCAGCUAUCGGGUUGAUGGGGAGAUCUACCGCUCCGUUUCCCGUGAGAGAAGGCCAGGGUAUGGGGCAGUCAGGGCUCGAUCUGGAUCGAGGGAGCGGAUGGAGAGCAGAGGUCAAAGGUCGGAGGAAAGAGGAAGAAGAGCAGACUCCUCGGGACCACGUGCUCGCAUAGCCAGGCCUUCUCCUUCUCCCACAGGCUCUCGUGGACCACGCUUUGACCCAACUGCUUACAUUCAGGACAGACAGCGCAGGUUGAAAGAGGCAGAAGUCAAGAAACAGAGGAAGGUACGUCGAGACAUGCUGACCUCACCCAUUGCCCCUGAGCGGGGACGGUCACGCUCCAGAGAGGUGUACCCUCUGACAGCCGGGUCCGGCAGCAGAGGCAGGAGUUUAUCUGUGGAGCGCAGAGGGAGCAGAAACUCGUCUGAAAGCUCAUUGGUGGAUAUGGAGGAAAUGGCUAAAAAUCUAUUCAGAGGGAGGAAGCAGAUUUACAAUGGACCCAGUUCGUCAAGAGGAGGCCUUUUAACCAGGAAGCCACUAUGCAGUACUCCAACACAGAGAAUGAAAGAUAAAGAGAGCUCCAUGGACACAGGUGCUGAGCUGUCGGAAAUUGAUGCCAGACUGCAGGCACUUCAGGACUACAUGAGGGACCUGGAUACGGGACACUAACAACCUGCUGCUUAAACCAUCUGUGGAUACGUUUCCUGAUGAUUGCACAGCUUGAAGCUCGGGAGACUUUUUGUCAUGUGCACAGACAGAGACACAUUUUGAGCUUCACACAAAUUCAAGGUUAUAAAUUUGUUCACAGACGAGACUAAAACUCCUUCUGGAGGGUCGAACUUCCAGGACCUCAGGAAACUACAGCCAAUACUGUGAAGUUAUUAUUUUUUUAAUAUGCAAAGUUUUUAUGGAGUAACUUAAAAGUGUAAAUGUAUGUUGACGUUUCCCUCAUUCACCUCACUGAAUUAACUAAACUUCUGAUGUGAACGUUCAGACGGCAGCACCUCAAUCUGUAAAAACUCACUUGAUGUUCUGCUUUGUUUCUUUUAUAGACCGACGCCAUCAGAUGCAUUCUUACACGUUUUUAAAAAACACAUUUCAAAAAGGAGAAAAGUUACACAGUUGGGUAUCUAAAAGUGGUCUCUGUAAAUUUGCACCAUCGUCCGCCACCUUUUUUUUUUUUAACACAUUUAAGUCAUAAAAAUAUUUUCAUCGGGCGUUUUCUAGAAAUGAGUGUGAUUCUUCUGUGAUGUAUCAACUCCUCAACCAGAGAGAUUUAAACCUGGUGCACUCCAGCUCCUGAACCCCACAGGAGCUUUUUAACAUGUGUUUUAAUGUUUGCUUUCUCUCAUAGCUUGGAAUCUAACAUUAAAUUUUAAGCGUUACAAUUGA